GACGGUCAAAGUAGAUGUUUACGACUGGGACCGAGAUGGGAGCCAUGACUUUAUUGGAGAGUUCACCACCAGCUACAGGGAAGUGUCAAGAGGCCAAAGCCAGUUUAGUGUCUAUGAGGUUUUGAAUCCUAAAAAGAAAAGCAAGAAGAAGAAAUAUGUCAAUUCAGGAACGGUGACUCUGCUGUCUUUCAAAGUGGAGUCAGAACACACAUUUGUCGACUUCAUCAGAGGAGGGACACAACUAAAUUUCACUGUGGCCAUAGACUUCACAGCAUCCAACGGUAACCCAUCCCAGCCCACCUCACUGCACUACAUGAGUCCAUACCAAAUGAAUGCAUAUGCCAUGGCUCUAAAAGCUGUGGGGGAGAUCAUCCAGGACUACGACAGCGACAAACUCUUCCCAGCAUAUGGCUUUGGAGCUAAACUUCCCCCAGACGGCAAGAUCUCCCACGCCUUCCCGCUGAACUCAAACCCAGAAAACCCAAACUGUGUGGGGAUCGAUGGUGUACUAGAAGCAUAUUUCCAGAGCCUGCGAACUGUUCAGCUGUAUGGCCCGACCAACUUUGCUCCUGUCAUCAACCAGGUGGCUCGAUGUGCUGGAGAAGUGACUGACGGCUCCCAGUACUUUGUGCUGCUGAUGAUCACAGAUGGUGUCAUCUCUGACAUGGCUCAGACCAAAGAGGCUGUUGUGAAUGCAGCUUCCCUGCCCAUGUCUGUCAUAAUAGUAGGAGUGGGCCCUGCUGAAUUUGAUGCUAUGGAGGAGCUGGAUGGAGAUGAGGUCAGAGUGUCCUCCAGGGGACACUUUGCUGAGAGAGACAUUGUACAGUUCGUUCCUUUCCGGGACUACAUCGACCGCUCAGGGAAUCAGGUCCUGAGCAUGGCGCGCCUGGCCAAGGACGUCCUGGCUGAGAUCCCAGACCAGCUGCUCUCUUUCAUGAAGAGUCGGGGUAUCGAACCCCGGCCCCCUCUGCCCACCACCUCAGACUCCCCCUCAGUGUCCACCACCACCACAACUGCUUCUGCCCCCAAGGAACGCAACAUGCAUGCUUGAAAAUGAGGGCACUGAGCUGGACAGCUGCAAUAUGGCAAAUUGUGUGUGUACGUGUGCGUUGCAUGAUUUCAGGUUUGGCUGACAGGAACAGA